UCCUAAAACUCGUCACAGAGAAUAAAUCUAACUACUACCAUGGGUACCGAAGCCAGGAAACUCCAGGGUGAAGUCGAACGACUUCAACAGGAGCUUCAAACCUUGAAAGCACAAUAUCAUAGCGAGGACGAAGAGCUUAUCACUAUCUCUGAUUAUAUUUUGAAGAGAUUGGAACAACUCAACGUGACGUCCAUCUUUGGAGUACCGGGGGAUUUCAACAUGCCUUUCCUGGACUUCAUUGAAGACCAUCCCACAAUUCAAUGGAUCGGGAACUGCAACGAGUUGAACGCAGCUUACGCAGCCGAUGGAUACGCCCGCGUGAAAGAGCAUAGCAUAGGUGUAGUUGUCACAACGUUCGGUGUUGGCGAAUUGAGUGCCACCAACGCAAUUGCAGGCGCGUUCUCUGAAAUGGUCCCUGUUCUUCAUAUCGUCGGAGUGCCUAGCACUACGCAGUUGAAGAAUAAGCCUAUGCUCCACCACACACUUGGUGAUGGAAGAUUCAACGUAUACACGAAAGUUGCGGAACAGAUCACCGCUGCUCAGGCCAUGAUUAUGAACAAAGCACAAGCUGCGGCCGAAAUCGAUCGAAUCCUCAUGGAGGCUAUCAUUCAGGCUCGCCCCGUCUACCUUACCCUUCCGAUGGACCUCACCACCGAAAAGAUCUCUGCCAAGCGCUUGAAGGUCAAACUUCCGCGGACCCCUUCCCCCAAUAACCCAGACGUCGAGAGCUAUGUUAUCGACGAGAUUAUGGAGCUCGUGGAGGAUGCUAAACGAGACGUCAUUAUCCUCGUCGAUGCUUGCGCUGUUCGUCACGACGUGCGCGGGGAAGUCAACGACCUUCUCGUGAAAACACAGUUCCCUGUAUAUGCAACACCAAUGGGAAAGACAUCAGUGAGCGAGGAGUAUGAACGAUAUGGUGGCAUUUACAUCGGUUCGAUCACGCAUCCGUCCAUCAAGGAGAGGGUCGAGAAUGCAAACCUUAUCCUCUCGAUUGGCGCGUUAAAGUCAGAUUUUAACACGGGAAUGUUCACGUACCAUAUUCCUGCGAGGCACACCAUCGAGCUACAUUCCGACCAUACACUUGUUCGCCACGCAAAAUUUCCGGGUAUAGGAAUGAAAUGGCUUCUCCCGAAGCUUACGGAGAGGUUGAGUAAAUUCCAGGAGGGUGCAUCACGAAUCCCCGUUCCGCACUAUAAGUUAGAUGUUCCAAAGGAAAGUGACGACAAGAUUUCGCAUGCUUAUCUCUGGCCUCGCGUCGGCAAAUUCUUCCGGAAGCAGGACGUCAUCGUUGCUGAGACUGGCACUUCAAACUUUGGAGUUUUGGACGUUCCAAUGCCUGACCAGUGUAUUUUCGUCAGUCAAAUCUUGUAUGGAAGCAUUGGAUGGGCGACCGCUAGCACACUCGGUGCAGCGAUCGCAGCCCGUGACAGACAUCUUGGUCGUACCAUAUUAUUCACCGGCGAUGGUAGCAUGCAAUUGACUGUGCAAGAGAUCUCAACCAUGACUCAUAACAAGUUGGCGCCAAUAAUCUUUGUGCUGAAUAACAAGGGCUACAACAUUGAGAGGCAUUUGCACGGCCUAGAUAGGAAGUACAACGACAUCGCAGACUGGAAAUGGGCUUCGCUCCUAACUACUCUCGGCGAUAUUGAGGGCAAGCUGACACAGUCGUACACGGUCCGCAGCAAGUCAGAACUCGACAAGCUUCUCGAUGACGAGGAAUUCGCGAGUGCGCGAAAGAUACAGUUGGUCGAAGUAAUCAUGGACAAGUACGACACACCCCGUGCUUUACAAGCAUCCGCAGCAUUGACUGCACAAGCUGCGGCGGGGCAGCUCUGAAUCAUUAACAAAUGUUUUUUAACGCAUCAAGACUGUAUAACCGCUGUAUUAGUAUUAUUACAAUGAAAAUGACUCUGUUUUGUGAA